UAGAAAAUUGCCAUGUACCAAAAGGAAGGUCUGCCAUGGCUGCAACCCAAGUAAUUAGAGAAAAAUUUUUUGGUGGUUAUAGGGAAGCAGAAUUUAUUGUAGUUUGUGAUGUCUUAAGAGAAAAUAAUCGGGUUAUGAAAGAAUUGAAUAAUGCUCAGGUUAAUUUAAUACAUGUUGCUAGAGAGUGUAAAAAUGCUGCUGAUGAAAAACUCAAGCAAUCUAUUAGAAGAUUUGCUGAUAUUCAUGGAAGUCCAGCAGCUGUGAUUUUAAUAUCUGGUGAUAUUAAUUUUGCUCCUGAUCUUAGUGAUUUACGUUAUAGGAAGAAAAUUCAUGUGAUACUUUUACACAUGAAAAAUAUAUCUGAAGCAUUGAUACUGUGUGCUAAUGAGCACUAUGAUUUCUCAGAACUUAUGGAAUCACUGCCAUCUACAACAAUACAGGUUACUGCAUAUUACGAUCUCCUAGUUAGUAACCUUCCUGAAGAUCAGGAUAUUAUGUUUAUUAAAUGUUAUCUUAAACAAAUGUUCGAAAGCUGUGGUGGCCAAGUGAUGGAAAUUCAGUCAAAUACUGCAAUCGUACGCUUUACUUCAAAAUCUUUUGCAGACAGGUAUUAUAUAUAUGUAUAUUUGUUGUCUUUUUACUAUUUCGUAAAUUUUGUUUAAUUGUAUAUACAAAAUAAUAAUUGUAUGUCUGAAAAUAUAGUAUAGUGUGUUUUCAUAAUUUAAUUAUACUAUGAAUAAUAUAUGAUAUCAGACGUA